CACACCUGUGUCGCCGCUCUCAACCAUCUCUCUAACUCUCGUUUCGUCUUCAUCUAUCUUUCGCCACUCUCCACCAUCUCUCUCAUAUAUUCACCAAAAAACCAUUUUGUUCUUGGCGAUGCAGACAUGGCUUCAUUUCCAAUUGUGUUUUGUUCAAUAUCAAAUUUUUGGAUUGUUCUUGGCACAGUGUCCAUUCACUCCAUACAUCUUCACAGUGUAUUGAUGAACACAUACUCAUGGCUAAAAGAGAUGCUCCAUCACCUAUCAUCAUCCGUGAGAGGAGGAAAUGGGAUGUUCAAGCUGGAUCUCACAAAGGGUUUUGAUAGAAUCUCUUGGCCUUACCUUGGAAAUGUCCUUGGCAGGUUUGGGUUCUCCAACAAGGCAAUCUAGUUUUUCAUAGGCAAUGUGGAGGCAAAAAAGUGAACAUACUUCUCCAUCUUGAUUAAUGAGCAGUCUUCUGGAUUUUUCCCAAUUAAAUCAGUUGCUUCACGAACAGGGAGCAUAUGACUAAUACGUUGUUUUAUGUUGUUUGCCUUAUAUCCGCGAAACAAUUCAAUUGAUUUAUCUCUAUCAAUCUUUUCCUCACUCUAGAGAUAAACAAAGUCUUAAAUAACUUGCCAUGAAUUUA